UGAAAACCACAAAAGAGGAUUAAAUGGGCUUGUUUUCAGUAAAUAUUCUGUUAAGAAUUUGUACAAUCUGGUACAAAAAUGAUUUCCCCCAAAGACGUCCUGAGAAAAAAUUUGAAGAUGGUUCGUGGCUAUCCCAUGAUCUACGCUUUUGUGGACAACUGGGAGAGGAUUGAACAGUUCCAGAGCAGGCCAGAUGACAUUGUGAUAGCCACUUACCCCAAAUCAGGUACCACUUGGAUAAGUGAAAUUGUGGACAUGAUUUUAAAUGAUGGAGAUAUCGAAAAAUGUAAGCGAGAUUUUAUAACUGUGAAAGUUCCAAUGUUGGAAAUGGCUGCCCCUGGACUAAGAACUCCAGGUACAGAACAAUUAGAGAAGAAUCCAUCACCUCGGCUUGUGAAGACACAUCUACCAAUUGAUCUCCUUCCUACAUCUUUUUGGAAGAACAAGUGCAAGAUGAUCUAUCUGGCUCGAAAUGCCAAGGAUGUUGCAGUGUCAUACUACCAUUUUGACUUAAUGAAUAAUUUGCAACCCCUUCCUGGAACCUGGGAAGAAUAUCUGGAGAGAUUCAUGGCUGGAAAUGUGGCCUAUGGUUCCUGGUUUAAUCAUGUUAAGAGCUGGUGGAAGAAAAAAGAAGAACACCCAAUACUUUUCUUGUACUAUGAAGAUAUGAAAGAGAAUCCGAAGCAGGAAAUCAAGAAGGUUGCUAGUUUUCUAGAGAAAAACCUAACUGAUGAGAUCUUGAAUAAAAUCAUCCAUCACACCUCAUUUGCAAUGAUGAAGGACAAUCCUCUGGUGAAUUAUACACAUAUACCAAGAACAGUGAUGGAUCACAGCAAAUCCCCUUUUAUGCGCAAAGGGAUUGCAGGUGACUGGAAGAAUCACUUCACAGUGGCCCAAAAUGAGAAAUUCGAUGCCGUCUAUGGGAAGGAAAUGUCUGGAAGUACACUUCAGUUUCGCACAGAGUUUUAAAGAACCGAUGCUGCAAAUCUGAGCGAACUGGCCUGUAAUUUGUUGAAACAGGGGCACUAUGACUUGACUUGGGCAGUCAAAUGGGUUUUUAAAGGAGCAAAUGUGCUUUUAAAACUUU